AUGCAAGCAGCACUGGGAGAAACACCCGGCUGCCGAGACCAGGCGCAUAACACCCAGGAGACCUGCAACGCGGACAAUGCCUGCGUUUGGCAGGUCCGGGGGCCCUCGGCCUCCUGCCAGGACAAGGAGUGCCCCUCCCCCCCGCCGCUGGCGCGGCAGGCGCCUUUGUACCUUGAUUUCCUGCCCGCCUUCAUCAGCGUCAUCUAUGAGGCAGUGGGAGAGGAUGGUAACAUUCUCGAUGAUGAUAUCUUGCAGAUCAUCGCAAACUACGAGAGCGAGCUCUUUACGACGGUGGACGGGGCAGAGCUGAACUACAAUGGCGAGAGCAGGCCUUCUGCCUGGGACCAGGACUGGUGCCUUCUGAGCUACGGCUCGCUGCCCAUGUCCACCCCCAAGUGCUCUGCGGGCAUCGGCCCCACGAACGUCUUCUCCAUGAACACCGCUGGGCGCGCGAAGACCAAGGAGCUGAUCACGCAGGGCCACAACAUGAUGGGCGGCGGGGCUUUGGCCUGCCUUUGUGGGGACAGCGACACCUGCGGCAUGUGCAAUGCCGACGGGUCUGUGAAGGGUAUGGCAGGUGCCAACAUGACGGCGCUGAUGAUGGGGGACCAAGCGGAACUCACAAGCCUCUUGGGACAGUGGCCCACCAGCAUCACCUCGUGCCUCCUGGGCUUUGUCACCACUCUGGAGCAGGCCUUGGCAGCCCAAACAACCGUGACCACCACGACGACAACCACCACUUCCACGCUCACCGCCGAUGCAUUCCUGCAGUCUUGUCUUGCUGAUGGCGGAGGCGGCUUCCGUGGGCCGCCACCGGUCACGAACGCCGGCACCUACCUGCUGACCUUGUUGCCCUUGGUGGGCCAGCACUGCUCCUCCAACUCCUCGUGCAUGCUGUCGCCCCCGGGCACCUCCAUGCUCUGCGCCUCCAGCGCCUACUACCCGGCCACCGACGCCACGGGCAUGGCCACGGGCGCGGAGAAGGAGGCGCUGCUGACGAAGCUCUGCGACCCCAACGAGCCGCUGUGGUUCAAUGCCAAGAACACCUUCUUGCCCAUAAGCUUCGACUGCGCCAACCGGAAGAGCAAGUACGCCAUCGCCCGCUUCUUUGCAGGCGCUCCCAGCGAGGAUGAGGACGAGGCCAAGAGGUUCCAGACGGGAUACGUGGAGGGCCGGUCCGGGUGGUACGCCAAGGCCUCUCAGAUCGAGGCAAAAUACGAGCGGGAGCACGGCAGCAAGCUCCGAAUCAUGCUGUUCUCAGGUGCUACGGUCAUCGCGCAGUAUCUGCAGAUCUUGGCCAUCGACGGAUUCCUGUCCUUCGGGUCCCUCAUCUCCGUGUGGCUCUACAUGUGGUUCAUGCUGGAGAGCCUGUUCUUGGCCUCCUGCGGCAUGUUCGAGAUCGUGUUUUCCUUGCCGGUGGGCAUGUGCUUGUGGGUCCUCGUGCUCGGCAACAAGAUCUUUUGGUACCAGAUGUUGGUGAUCUACAUGAUUCUGGGCAUCGGCGCGGACGACGUCUUCAUUCUCUACGACGCCUGGCUGCAGUCGGCCCACGUGGAGGGAGUCAAGGAGUCCAUUCAGAGCCGCUUCAGCUGGGCCUACCGCAGGUCCACCCUGGCCAUGCUCAUCACUACGCUCACCACCUGCGGCUCCUUCGCCAUCGGCGCCACCUCCCCGCUGCCGCUGGUGCAGAGCUUCUGCAUCUUCGCGGCUGUGGUGGUCAUGGUGGACUACCUCUUCUGCAUCAGUUUCUUCGCAUCGGCGGUUGUUGUCUACGAGCAGUUUAUGAGGGGCUAUGGCUGCUGCUGCAGCUGUUGCGGCCUCGGAGUGAGGGGACCUGGGCAGUGCUUCGGCCCGGGCUGCUGCUGGGGCGGGUUCCGGGCCAUUUUCACCUGCGGCGGCACCAAGUGGGGCUGCCUGCCGAAGCCCCCUGCGAAAGACGCGCCCCCAGAGAAGCGCGCCAUGGAGAAGUUCUUCUCGGGCCCCGUUUUCCGCUUCUACCAGGCGCACAAGAUCAAGCUCGUCGUCUUUUGGCUGGCGGUGGUUGUGACCAUGUCCGCCUGUGCCGGAGCCUUGCUGCGCACCGCCGACAAGCGGGCGCCCAUCGGCCGGGAGAACAUCGACGUGAUCAAGGGCUCCGAUAUCCUCUUCAACGAGUUCGAGUUCUCUCCUCGGCCCGUGACCGUUUCUGUGGCCUUCGGAAUCCAGGAGGACGACCCCAUCGUCUGGGCGAACCCAGGCCAGAACAUCGACACCAAUAGGGCCACCUUCGGGGGCACCAGCGGUGUGGACCUCAAGAAGCCUGCGCAUCAGAAGGAGUUGCUGGCCCUGUGCCGGUCCCCGGACCUCGGGCAGGACGGCGCGGACACCCGGUGCAGCAGCCGCGCCUGCCUGGUCCGGGGCUCCCCGCUGCCCGGGUCCUGCACCCCGGACGUGGCGGCCUGGGAGAAGCACGGCAUCUUCAUGCAGGAGUCCGAGACCUGUGUGACGGGCCGCUACUGCUUCAUGGAGGACUUGGUCUACUUCUGGGCGCACAAGCAGGGCAACUGCCAGUCGCGUUUCACCACCCAGGUACUCUGCAACGCAGACGCCGGGUGCACCUGGUCCACUGAGAACCAGGUGUGCUACUCCUCCACCAGCCCCUCGAGCUUCCCGGCGGAUGGGAUUCCGGAGGCGGACUUCCUGAGCUUGGUGACCACCCAGUCUGCGUCGGACCCCUCCAUGACGGAGUUCGAGGCGUACAUGCAGGAGAAGUUCACGUUCCUCAGGAACAUGAACCGCCGCUACGACGCGGACUUCCAGAGCCAGUACACGGGCCUUCGCCUGAACGGGGACAAGACCCAGGUGCAGUUCGCAUGGAUCAGCUACAACGCCACCUUCCCUCGGGAGAACACGGUGGACGAGGCCAACGCGUGGUACAACCGAUGGCAGGCCUUCAAGGACCUUCAUGCGCCAUCUGUCGGGGGUUUCCAGACGGCGGAGCUCUAUCUCUUCCUGGUGACCCAGAAUGAGAUGGUCAAGGCCGCGACCAUGGGCAUCGGCCUGUCGCUGCUGGUGUCUUUCUUGGUGCUCCUGGCCACCACCUGCAACUGGUGGUCCUCCUCUGUCGGCCUUGUGUGCAUCGUGUGCAUCACUGCCACCUUCUUGGGCAUCGUGCCGCUGUUGGGCUGGAGCCUGGGCGAGAAUGAGUGCAUCUUCAUGAUCGCCACCGUGGGCUUGUCCGUGGACUACACCGUGCAUCUCCUGCACGCAUACGACAACGCUCCCUUCGACACCCGAACUGAACGGGCGCAUGCGGCUCUGGAGGAGAUGGGCAUUUCCGUAGCUAACUCCGCGAUUACCACCCUCUUCGCCGCGGCGAUGCUCUUCGCCUGCGGCUUCUACUUCUUCUUUCAGUUCGGGGGUUUCAUCUUCAUGGUUAUUGGCCUCUCCAUCCUGAUGUCCACCAACUUCCUGAUGCCCAUGAUGAUGCUCAUUGGCCCGGAGAGGGAUCAGGGGCGGAUGACGUGCUGCUGCGAGAGGCGGCGCUAUGCGCAAGUGGAGAAGAUCGGCAGAAAGGAGACCGAGUGA